CUAGUUAGGAUUGCGCUAUGAAAGUAUUUGUUGUUCUAGCAGCGCUGCUCGUCGCAGUUAGUGCUCUGCCCGUCGAGGAGCGCAUUAGUGGCGAGAAUGGUUGGUAUAUUCCUCGCAUCGAUGGCACAAACGAUUGGAUGGAUCGCGAGCAAGCCGAACUCUUGUUAGCUGCCAGUAAACUACAGCGCAGCUCUGAUGCCGUUAACUUCUAUCUCUACACCAAAUCUAACCCAACUGUUGGCAAACACAUUGAAGCGAACGCUGAUUCUAUUCGUGACUCGCACUUUAACAAGGAUCAUGGUACUCGCUUUGUGAUUCACGGCUGGGGCGGUCGCUACACCGACAGCAUAAACACCAGGAUCACCAAGGCUUGGCUGUCCCGUGGUGAUUACAACAUCAUCGUUGUCGGCUGGGAUGGAGCUCAGUCUGCCGACUAUAUAUCAUCGGUGCGCGCUGUUCCCGAUGCGGGCGUCAAGGUGGGAGAGAUGGUCAAGCAUCUGCAUGAAAGUCACGGCAUGUCUCUGAAUAGCCUGUAUGUUAUUGGCCACAGCCUGGGUGCCCAGGUGGCAGGAUACACUGGCAAGACCGUGGGUGAAGGCAAGAUUCACACCAUUAUUGGCCUAGAUCCUGCUUUGCCACUCUUCAGCUAUGAUCAGCCGGAAAAACGUCUGUGCUCCACCGAUGCUUACUAUGUGGAAUCUAUUCAGACCAACGGUGGCAUGAAGGGUUUCCUUAAGCCAAUUGGCCGCGGUGCCUUCUAUCCCAACGGUGGCAAGAAACAACCUGGCUGUGGCAUCGACGCUGCAGGUACCUGCUCUCAUGGUCGCUCGGUAACUUACUACGUUGAGGCUGUGACAGAGGAUAACUUUGGCACUAUCAAGUGUGGUAACUACGAGGAUGCUGUGGCCAAGGAUUGCGGCAGCACCUACAGCAGUGUUCGCAUGGGAGCGGACAUCAACGCCUACAUGGUCGAUGGUGACUUCUAUGUGCCCGUAAAUAGCGAGACGCCAUUUGGCAACAUAGAAUAAAUCAUCUAUACGAGGGGGAUUUAUUUUUACUGGCCAACCAAAUUAAAUUUGAUAAUAUUUGUACUCUAACAA